GAGUGGCGUCAAACCACGAUUUAUAUAUACGGUGAUAUGAUCGUUGCAAUAUUUAUACCAUUCUUUUUAGCCGUGCAACUUCCUAUCGAGGAUGGUGCGUGGCCGUAUGGACCAGAGUACAUCUUCACUGUUCACAUGAACGUGACAGGGAUACCACAGUGUUCUCGUCCAGCAUGCGGUAAUCCGUCCGGCUAUCGUAUCACCUCUCGAUUGCAUUGCAUCCCGAGGAGAAAUAAUACUCUGAGCUGUAGCCUUAGAUACGUCGAUGGCUUUGAUUUUGGUAUGAUCGGUGAGGAAGACAAUAUCGUGAGCCGGCGAAAAAAUAUCACUGAAGCGCCUAUCGAGUUAUUUUUUGAUGAGAAAGGCAUCGAGAAUAUCAUCACGAGCCAGCUGACGCGAAUCUAUGACCUCAACAUCUUGAAGACGGUGGUCGAGCAGCUGCAUCCCGGCGACAAUUUUAAUAAUAUCGGGGAUGGCACAUUUGAGGGUGAAACCGCAUCCACCAUAGGCAGAUGCAACGUCACCUUCGAUGUGUAUCAUCAUUCUGGGGUUGGAAAUCCGAACGAGACAAGAUUUCGAUUAAAACUAUUGCCGCCGAGAUUGCAUAUCACUUCCACAGAGACUCUUAUCAUCAAUAAACAAACGAAUCUUAAUCAUUGCAGCUGCUACGCAGACAGUUACUUUCGCAAAUAUGGUGAUACGGUUGUCUAUCAACGCUUGCAAGCGGAUUUAGAUAUUAUGAUUAGUCAUAUGGAAAUCAGUGAAACGAGUUUUAGUUCGUCAACAACAAGGAAGGGUAUAUCGAUUUCAAACCACAAGACGUAUAAUAUAAUCGAAAUUACAAAAAUAAUUUUGGAAGACAUUCAGCCUGCCACGAGAGAUCCGCCCGCGAUCGUGAAACCGGGCGAGACCAAGAUACUUGCUAAUCAUGACAUAAGAAGUAUUUCUACUUCCUAUUAAUAAUAAUUAUUAAAAAUGUUAAUGUUAUGAAUACAAUUAAAUUAAUUCUCUCUAAAAGAAAAUAAUAAAAAUCUCUAGAAAUGCAAAAAAUCUGACCGAAACUUUUGCCGAAACUGAAUCGAAACACUCGACUACAUGUCAAUUUCAACCGAAACCGAAAUCAAAAUUAAAAAAUAGGAAUUCUAUGAAGGCCAUAUGUAUAGACACGUCCAUAUAAAUAUAAUAUACUUUUUCUUCAUAAUAAAUCAUAAUUUAUUAAAAUAAUAAUUAAAUUUCGGCCGAAAUCGAAAACCGAAAUAUCGGUUGUGUGUCAAUUUUGGCUGAAGAAUAUAAGUACCUCUUCUUCAUAAGCAUCAUAAUUUAAUUAUUGAAAUAAUAAUUACUCAUAUUAAAAUUAAUAUUUAUGAAGAAGAGCUAUAAACUGAUACGUAAUGAAUGUUCGUUUCCAGUUUCGGUAAAAGUUUCGG